CUUCUCAGGGCUUCCUGGCUGCACCAGCUGUUGAACAGCAGUGCUGCCUCUGUGUGCAUGUAUGUGUGUAUGGGUCAACCUUUUUAUAUCUUAACUGCCUGUAAAGUCACUGACUACUACAUUCAGAUCGAAUCCGGAACUUACUUUUCUCCCGGAGACAGAAGUGAGCCUCCCCAGUCUCCCCCGGCCCUGCCCUCCUGGGACUACCACCACCAACUCCCAGGGUUCUUGUCAGCACCAGUACCACUGGCUGAAAAUGAAAACUGAGAGCGGAGACUAAAGCGUGAGGUUCAACUGGACUCUUCUGAAGCAUGCCAGUAUUGGGGGUCUUCGUAUGAAACUAAAAUAUUCUAUUAAGUAUUUGUACAACCUGGUACAAAAAUGAUUUCCCCAAAAGAUCUCCUGAGAAAAAAUCUGAAGAUCAUUCAUGGCUAUCCCAUGACCUACGCUUUUGCAAACAACUGGGAAAGGAUUGAAGAGUUCCACAGCAGGCCAGAUGACAUUGUGAUAGCCACUUACCCCAAAUCAGGUACCACUUGGGUUAGUGAAAUUGUGGACAUGGUUCUAAAUAAUGGAGAUGUUGAGAAAUGUAAGCGGGAUGUUAUAACAGUUAAAGUUCCAAUGUUGGAAAUGGCCAUCCCUGGACUAAGAACUUCAGGAAUAGAACAAUUAGAGAAGAAUCCAUCACCACGACUUGUGAAGACGCAUCUACCAAUUGAUCUCCUUCCUAAGUCUUUCUGGGAGAACAACUGCAAGAUGAUUUAUCUGGCUCGAAAUGCCAAGGAUGUUGCAGUCUCAUAUUACCAUUUUGACUUAAUGAAUAAUUUGGAACCUGUCCCUGGUCCCUGGGAAGAGUAUCUGGAGAGAUUCAUGACUGGAAAUGUGGCUUAUGGUUCUUGGUUUAAUCAUGUUAAGAGUUGGUGGAAGAAAAAGGAAGAACACCCAAUACUUUUCUUGUUCUAUGAAGAUAUGAAAGAGAAUCCAAAGCAGGAAGUCAAGAAGAUUGUUAGAUUUCUAGAAAAGAAUUUGAAUGAUGAGGUCUUGGAUAAGAUCGUCCAUCACACCUCAUUUGAAAUAAUGAAGGAUAACCCUCUGGUGAAUUAUACACAUCUACCAAGUACAGUGAUGGAUCAUAGCAAAUCCUCUUUUAUGCGUAAAGGGAAAGCAGGUGACUGGAAGAAUUACUUCACAGUGGCCCAAAAUGAGAAAUUUGAUGUCAUUUACAAGAAGGAAAUGUCUGGAACCGAGCUUCAGUUCCGCACAGAGAUUUAGAGUCUAUGUGACCAAUCUGAAGAACAGAGCUGUAAUUUGUUAAAAUGGAGGCAGUUAUGACCUGACUUGGGCAGUCAAAUGGAUUUAUAAAGGAGAAAAUGUGCUUUUAAAA